GUUUCGUCACCAAAACAAAAAAAAAAUCGUCUUUCUUCUGACGAAACGUCAACCUGAAAGUGUGAACAACGUUUUGAUUUUGUGUUGAAAUUCUGAUGAGCUAUCAAAAAAUUUAAUUUUUGUGUCCGAAUUCAUAAAACAGGGCUGCAGAAGGCGACUUUUUCUUCCCCUGUGCUAGAAGCAUCGUCCCUCACAGACGACUUGAGGAAAAGAAAAGUACGUUCUCCCCACGCAACUUACCCCGAUCGUCUAACAUAUUUCUCCUGAGAGGACAUUCCGUUUGGUUAGGAUACACUACAAUGGAGACCACAGGAGCUCCUCCGCCGCCGAAGCAGAAACGGCGUCCACGAAAGCACAAGCCAAAACCGCAAACGACUUCUACGGACAAACCGAUUCAGCAAGUGGAGACAGUCCCCCCAAAGGAGUCCAAGACGGAGACGAACAAAGAAAACUUGCAACAUCAAACUCACCAGGAACCCAACGGUCAGUUGAACAGAAGUCCUAGCAAGCGCCAUAGAAAGCGUAACAAGGGGAAGAAACAGGAAGCGACUGACCAGAGCAUUCAACCGAUUUCCUUACCGGAGAUUUUUCCAGGACCUCAAGUUUAUGCGCUGGAGAAUCAAACGGUUCAGAAGAAAGAGGGAAAACCACAGGCAACUGGUAAGAGUAAGCCUUCAGUAAGACAGCAGAAGCAAUCAAAUUUUGAAGGGAACUCUUCGAUCAAGGAUAUUAAAGCCGAGCAAAUCUUCCCUGGUUCCAUAACAGACUCGGUUAAAAUUAAAGCAAACAAUUUUGCGAUAGAAGAUAUACGAUUAGAAGACUUAUUUCCAACACCUGCGAAUUAUACUUUCGAAAAUAAUGCUGUGUCGAGAAAGGUGAAAGUAAUAAGAGUACAGCCAAAAGUAAAGCAGCAAAAGAAGGUACACUCCAUUGUUGGAUUGGAGGACAUUUCUUGCAAAGAUAUUUUCCCCGUAGAGUCUAGUAAAAACGAAAACAUUGUCAAACAACCGGAACAAACCAUGGAACCGGCCAAGACUGAAAAAUCACGAGAAGAAGUGAUGGCUGAGCGAGAAGCAAAAAAAGCUGCCAAAGCAGCAGCUAAGGGAAAAGGCAAGGAUAAGCCAAAGCCAGCCGCGCAACCGGAGGCUAAUCCUUUGCAGAAAUCAAGUACGGAUUCCAGUCUUUCAGAAAAGUUGGACAAGCUUCACAUAUCAGAUCCUCCAACAGUUGCCCAACCGGCGGCUAGUGUACCAGCUAAGACAACCAAUCAGCUGAGCAAAGCUGAACGAAAGGCUCAAUUCGAAGCUCAGAACCCAAAUUUAGCUAAACCGAAAGCCGAAGCGAAAGCGGCAACUUCCAAGGCCGAACGACGUGCUCUCCAAGAAGCCCAGCGGGCUGCCAAGGCCGAAGCCCAGGCCAAGAAAACUACAGCUGCUCCGAAGGCCAGUGCGGAAUCUACCGUCAAGCCUACCACUCCGGCAGCGAAAAAGGAAGUCACUUCAACCUCCGCUAAGCAGACGAAGAAGCCCGUCAAAAGCGCAGACUCUCCCCAGCAGCAACCGCACAUGGUCAAGCUGUUCAACCAUCUCUACACGAAGAAGUUUGCCGCUUCGGAGAUCGUCAACUCGGCCCAGCUGUAUCCGGCCAUCACGAAGCUUGGUCUGCAGUAUGCCGAGGGCGUCAUGGCCGGAUCGAAGGCUCGCUGUUUGGCCUUCCUCAAGGCCCUGAUGCAAAUGAUCGACGAUUACGAAACGCCACCGGAGAAGGAAUUUUCCCGGGGCUUCGAGGAAGCCCUCAAUCCGAACAUUGCCUUCCUGCAGAAGUGCCGUCCGUUCUCCGUGUCUAUGACCAAUGCGUUGAAGUACAUCAAGAUGUACACGAGGCAGCUCAACCCGAAGGAUUCGGAUUCUGAUCAAAAAGUGUGUCUGCUGGAAGCCAUCGAAACUUACGUUCGGGAUCAGAUCGAGAAAGCGGAAGAAGCCAUUAGCAUUUCGGUGCAGGACAAAAUCUAUGAUGGCGAUGUCAUUCUGACCUACGGUUGUUCCUCACUCAUCAAGCACAUACUGGAAGAAGCCAAACACCGCCGGAAGAACUUCCGGGUGGUUAUCGUGGAUUCACGACCUCGCAAUCAAGAGCACGAAAUGCUGCGCCAACUGGUCGCGCAAGGAAUCGACUGUACCUGUGUACUUAUCAACGCCAUCAGCUACGUCAUGCCGGAGGUGACUAAGGUGCUUCUCAGUGCCCACGCGCUUCUGGCCAACGGAUGCGUCAUGUCCCGGGUGGGAACGGCCCAGAUAGCCAUGGUGGCCAAAUCCUACAACGUUCCGGUUCUGGUGUGCUGCGAAACGCAUAAGUUUAGCGAACGCGUUCAGACGGAUGCUUUCGUUUAUAAUGAAAUUGGAAAUCCAAACGACCUUAUCCUGAACUCAGGCACCCGAGAGAACCGGUCCUGCAAUCCUUUGGCCGAAUGGGAAUCGAUCAGUCACCUAACGCCGCUCAACUUGCACUACGAUGUGACCCCGCCGGAACUGGUGACGGCCGUCGUAACGGAAGUGGCCAUCCUUCCGUGCACGAGCGUUCCAGUCAUCCUGCGCAUCAAGCCAUCCGAGGUUGGCUAUUAGAGACGUCGACACUGUGUAUAGCAUGUAGGUAUGUCCCCUUCCUUAGAUUGUUUUAGACGUGUUCCAAAUUUUUCUCAAUAAAAGAAAAACUAUGCUUGAAA